AUGGCCCCCGAGUACUGCCCUGAGCCGCCAGUGGUGAGGCUCAGCAGCAGGCUGCUGCUGCUGCAGCAGCAGCUACCGCAGCAGCAGCAGCAACAGCUGCUGCAGGAGCUGUUGCAGCAACACGACGGCAGCAGAUUAGUAGAGCUAUGUGAUGGGCCUACACCAGCAGCAACAACACCAAGACAACCCGAGCAGCAGCAGCAGCAGCAGCAGCAGCAGCAGAUAUUCCGCAGCAGCAGCAGCUUACAGCUCCUUCAGUUAGUAGAAGAAGCAAAGCAACUUCUUAAGAGACUCUCCCUUAAUACAGAAGGCAGCUGCAACAGCAGCAGCAGCAGCAGCAACAGCAGCAGCAGCAGCAACAACAACAACAACAACAAUAAUGAUGGAAGCAACAGCAGCAACAGGAGCAGCAUCAGCAGCACCACUGGUCAAGAUGGCACACAGUCUCCUGCUGCAGCAGGAACAGCAGCAGCAGCACCUACUGCAGCAGGGACAGCAGCAGCAGCUGCAGCUGCAGCUGCUGCUCCGUCUAGGUCCUCUAUGAAGGUGCUGCAGCAGCAGCUGCUGCUGCAGCUGCAGCAUGAAAGUGCAGCAGCAGCAAUACGUGAUCUUAUGAGUGGGCUUCAGCAGCAAGAGCAGCAGCAGCAGCAGCAACAGCAGCAGCAGAAGCAAGAGCUUCAACAGCAGCAGCAGCAGCAAGAGCAGCUGCAGCAAAGACUCGCACAGCAGCAGUCACUCAUGAGGCAGCAAGAGUGGCUACUGAAGCAGCAAGAGGAGAGACUCAAGAGGCAGCAGCAAGAUGCUGCAGCGCAGCAGCGGCUGCUGCAGCAACUGCAGCAGCAGCUAGAGAGAAGAGAAAGAGAAGAGAAAGCUCUUUCCUUAGAUAUAGACAAGCUGAAGAGGCAGCAAAGAGAGAAGGAAGAAGGAUUGGCGCAGCGGAUGGUUGUGCUGCAGCAGCAGCUUCGGCAAGCAGCAGCAGAAGCAGCAGCAGCAAAGAGAGCAGCAGCAGCAGCAGAAAGGUACGUUGAUUAA